UACCUCAUCCGUUUUCUUCUCUAUGUUGUGCAUUUCCUCCCCAUAACUGUCAACCAAGCUCCUCGCUCGAUGCGUUUUCCUACCAUGAUUCUUCCUUCAUCAUAAUAAUCUUACCAAUAUUCGCUUUAACCACUCAAAAAUGGCAGAAGGAAAUUACGUUAAACUCACUCCCGAUCAGGCUUUGCAAAACAUUACGCCUGGAGAGCUUAACCAGCCCAUCGACAUCGCUCGGAUAAAUGCUCGAAGAUGUCCUGAAUGCCAACAAACACUUCCUGCAACGUACCAGCCUCCUGCAGAUGAAGAUUGGUCUACAGGGGUUUGUAGCUGUGCAGAGGAUACUGAAAGUUGUGUGACGGGACUGUUUUGCCCGUGCGUGUUAUUUGGUAGAAAUGUUGAAAAUUUGGUAUCCGAUGUAUCGGAAAGAUCUGCUUGUGUUGGACAUUUGAUAUGUAUUGAAGGCGGACUAACAGUUGCAGCUGUAACAGCAGCUCUCAAUGGCAUUGAUCCACAAACAUCGUGUCUUAUCUUCGAAGGCCUCUUCUUUGCUUGGUGGAUGUGUGGAAUCUACACUGGCUUGGUUCGACAAUCUUUACAAAGAAAGUAUCAUCUAAAGGAUUCGCCGUGUGAUCCAUGCAUGGUGCAUUGUUAUAUGCAUUGGUGCGCGAUUUGUCAAGAGCAUAGAGAGAUGAAGGCACGUUUGUCUUACGAAUUUGCAGAUGUUGAGACAGUAAUAGAUCCUCCACCUGCUCAAGAGAUGACUGUUGUUGCUUUAGCAAAGGACCAACCAUCUUCAUCUUCUUCUUCCAAUAAAGAUUCUUCUACUUCUUCUAUUGUUGUUGCCAAGUAAUAUGGCCUUUAAAUAUCAUAAGAAUCUCUCUACUAGUAAGAGGCUAAGAGAUGUUAUAUUUUUUUAAAAAUUUUGAGCUAUAAAGAUUUUUGCU